AUGACAUUUAAGAAAGAUUUCCAGGAACAAAUGGUGCCUGAAUGGGAGAAACACUACAUGGACUAUGAAGGCCUCAAGACAAUAUUGAAACAACUCAAAAGCAGCAACAAAGUUAAAGACAAUAAUAAGCUCUUGCAUCAUCGUCAUGGUAGCAAUAAUCAAAGAGAUGAUGGUAUUGAAGAUAAGGUUAUAGAUGUUGAGAUAUUAGAGAAUGAUGUAGAAAAAGGUGAAGCUGAUGCAAGGUUCUUUGAGAAGCUUGAUGAAGAGCUUGACAAGGUUAAUGUGUUUUAUAAGGAAGAGGUGGAGGCAGUUAAGCAUGAAGCAACACUUUUGAGUAAACAAGUUGAGGCUCUAGUUGCUUUGAGAGUAAAAGUUAAAAGCCCUGAUCCAGGACUGCAGCAGAAAGACUCUAUGGUGAGCACUGAAGUUGAUUACAAAAGAAUAGACCCUAUGGAAGUCCUUGAGAAUGUAAAGAUUGAUAAUGCUCUUCAAUCUCCAAAAUCAUCAAUCAAAAAUGUUUUUACAGAUUCAAAUGAUGUUGAGUUAAGUUUCAAUAAAGAAGAGCUGAAAAAAGUUGAAAAACAACUUAGACUUGUGUUUGUUGAGUUCUAUCAGAAACUUCUCCAUCUCAAAGAUUACAGUUUUAUGAAUCUCUCAGCAUUUUCCAAGAUCAUGAAGAAAUAUGAAAAGAAAGCGCAAAGAGGAGCUUCGAUAGCAUACAUGAGAGUAGUGGACAACUCUUUUCUCGGUACUUCUGAUGAGGUGAGUUUUCUUCUGGAGAAAGUGGAAUCUAUCUUCAUCAGAAACUUCACACAUUCAAAUCACAAGAAAGGAAGGAAAUUGCUAAGGCCGAAAAACAAAAGAGAAAGGCACAGCAUAACAUUUUUUACGGGCUUCUUUUCUGGUUGCUUUGUUGCUCUACUAGUUGCUACAAUACUAAGAAUAAUAUCUCAACAUUUAAUGAAGAAAAAAGCAGGAACAUUUUACAUGGAAAACAUUUUCCCAUUAUACAGUCUAUUUGGAUAUAUUACUAUACAUAUGCUAAUGUAUGCUGCAAACACGUAUUUUUGGAGGCGAUAUCGGAUUAACUAUCAAUUCCUGUUCGGUAUCAGACCUGGAACUGAGUUGGAUCAUAGAGAUGUAUUCCUUCUCACCACUGGCCAUGCAGUGAUUGCAGUACUAUGUUUCUUGAUAAAUUUGCAGCUUGAGAUGAAUCAAACCGAUAGAAGCUAUAAAACAGCCACUGAACUCGUCCCUCUGAGCUUAAUUGUCCUUGUCAUUUUGAUCACCUUUUGCCCUUUCAAUAUCAUAUACCGAUCAAGUCGUUUCUUCUUUAUUCGAUGUUUAUUCCGCUGCAUAUGUGCUCCUUUUUUUCCGGUUUCACUUUCAGAUUUUUUCUUGGCUGAUCAACUUACGAGUCAGUUUCAAUCCUUCAGAAGUUUUGUUCUUUACAUAUGCUAUUAUGGCCUUGGAGAACACUCAAGGAGGCAAAACAAAUGUAGAAGUCACGGUAUCUAUAAUAUACAAUACUUCAUGGCCGGCGUCAUUCCUUAUUGGUUUCGUUUGGCACAGUGUAUGCGUCAAUUGUACGGCGAGAGAGAUAUUGACCACGCGAUCAAUGGUUCAAAGUAUCUAUCAACAAUUGUUGCUAUGGUGAUUAGGACUACCUUUGAAACAAAGAAGGGAAUGACAUGGAAGGUGUUGGCACUUAUAAGUUCAUGUGUAGCAAUAUUAAUGAACACAUAUUGGGACAUUGUGAAGGAUUGGAGUCUCUUGCAAAGACAUUCGAAGAAUCGUUAUUUGAGGGAUAAACUCAUAGUUUCUCACAAAAGUGUCUACUACAUAGCCAUGGUUGUGAAUGUUGUUCUAAGACUUUCAUGGAUGCAAUUGGUGCUUGAACUGGAUUGGCGUCCCCUUCAUAAAGUGGCGAUCAAUACAUGUAUUUCAUGUCUUGAAAUUAUUCGCCGUGGCAUAUGGAACUUCUUUAGGUUGGAGAAUGAGCACUUGAACAAUGUUGGAAACUACCGUCCAUUUAAGUCAGUUCCUCAUCCUUUCAGUUACUAUGAUGAUGAUGAUGAUAAUGGUGACAAGGAUGAAUAG